CUUGAUGGCCGCAUCGUCGCCCCGCCGCAAGUCCGUCUCAGCUCCCUCAAGCACCCAAAGCCCAAUCCAGCUUUCACUACCGCAACAUCUUUCACUUCUUUUUUUCCUCUUCUCUCUUCUCUCCUCUCCCUUCUUCCAUCACGGCAGCAUAAAUGUAUACGCAGGAACCAUGCCCGUCGUCCGAAGGAGAAGCAUCGCCUGGAUUGCCCUCAUCGCCACCCUGACUCUGUUCUACUUCUGGAACGCCUCAACACGCUCUCCGCCGCCAUCUUAUACAGACGCGAAUAGCCGAGCAGCUCAAGGCGGCGCCGACUUCUGGAAGCUCAUCCCUGUCCAUUACCCGCCGCAGUCAAUCCGUCCAUUGCCCACCAAAGCACCCGUGAAAUACCCCAAUGUCCAGACAUCCUUCGGCAAGGAGCCCGCAGAGGCGCGAGCCAUUCGCGAGCACCGCCAGCGUGCCGUAAAGCUAGUCUUCACCAAAUGCUGGACAUCCUACAGAGAAUAUGCCUGGAAAUCAGACGAGCUGGCGCCAGUGUCCGGCGGCAAGAAGAAUCCCUUCGGCGGCUGGGCGGCCACCCUGGUCGACGCCCUCGACACGCUCUGGAUCAUGGACAUGAAGCCCGAAUUCGACGAGGCCGUCCAGGCCGCCGCCACCAUUGACUUCUCCAAGACAGACCUGGACCAAGUCAAUGUCUUUGAAACCAACAUCCGCUACUUGGGGGGCUUCAUCUCUGCCUUUGACCUCAGCGGCGAUGAGCGCCUGCUCCACAAGGCCGUCGAGGUCGGCGAGAUGCUCUACAAGGCAUUCGACACGCCGAACCGGAUGCCCAUCACCAGGUGGGCCAUCCACGCCGCCGUCAGCGGUAAAAGGCAGACCGCGCCGCCGAGCCUGCUGAUCGCUGAGAUUGGCAGCCUGACCAUGGAGUUUACGCGGCUCUCAAUCAUCACGGAAGACGCAAAGUGGUUCGACGCCGUGCAGCGCAUCAUGGACGCCAUGGCGGAUCAGCAAGAUUCAACGGCGCUGCCUGGGCUCUGGCCGCUCGUCGUCAGUGCAAAGGAUCAAAUCUUUAAUAUCGGCAACAUGUUUACCUUGGGCGCCAUGGCCGACAGCGCAUACGAAUAUCUGCCAAAGAUGUCAGCCCUGAUGGGGGGCCAGCUCCCCAUCUAUCAAAAAAUGUAUGAAAAAGCCGCCACAGCAGCCAUCAAGCACGCCUUAUACCGGCCAAUGACGCCCCAAAACGAGGAUAUCCUCGUUUCAGGCGCGGUAAAGUCAGAAAACGGCGAGGUUACCCUCGACGCUCAGGGACAGCACCUCGUGUGCUUCCUAGGCGGCCUAUUAACGGUUGGAGGCAGAUUGUUCAACAGAGCCCAGGAUAUAUCUGCCGCCACCAAGCUGGUCGACGGCUGCAUUUGGACAUACAAAGCUUUACCGCACGGCAUCAUGCCCGAAACAUUCCACAUGGUGCCCUGUCACUCUCUCGACGGCUGCGAGUGGGACGAGAAGGCAUGGAAGAAGGAGGUCCUCCGCCUUGCCAAGGACAAACAAGCCACCAGCGUCGACGACAUCAUCAAGCGAGAUCGCCUCCCGCCAGGCUUCGCUUCCAUCCCAGACCGUCGAUACAUUCUCCGUCCAGAAGCCAUCGAGAGCGUCUUCAUCCUCUACCGAGCCACAGGCCGGGCCGACCUCCUCGACUCCGCAUGGACCAUGUUCGAAUCCAUCAACAGGACGACGAGCACCAAGCUCGCCAACUCGGCCGUGUGGGAUGUCACUGCGCCUCAGGACCAGCAACCCGAACGGGCGAAUUCUAUGGAAUCGUUUUGGCUCGGCGAGACGCUCAAGUACUUUUACUUGAUCUUUAGCGAGACUGAUGUGAUAAGUCUGGACGAAUAUGUGUUUAACACAGAGGCACAUCCGUUUAAGAGACUUGUUCCAUGAAAGCAAAGAAGAAGAGGAGAAAAAAAGAACGGUGCCAUUUUAACAUAAUCAUUUUUUUUAACGUCAUGAAACUUUGUUGACUUUUGGGUAUUACUACUUUUCGAAGGGUUUCUAGAUUUUAACAGGACAAGCUGGGAGUUUGCAUGCAUGGGAACGGAGUAGAUGUAGCUUGCUUCAGGAUGGGGCAUUACAUGUGUAAGUUUUUGCAUGACCAAGGUCUAGAAUGAACGUGAUUACCAGUGUAACCAGUG